GCCGCUUAAGCGGCUUCCGGCGGCGGGGGAGGAGGCGGGAGCGCGUGCAGCCAUGGCGUACCGCGGGCAGGGCCAGAAGGUGCAGAAGGUGAUGGUGCAGCCCAUCAACCUCAUCUUCCGUUACCUGCAGAACAGAUCCAGGAUUCAGGUGUGGCUUUAUGAGCAGGUGAACAUGCGGAUAGAAGGCUGCAUCAUUGGCUUUGAUGAAUACAUGAACUUGGUGCUGGAUGAUGCAGAGGAGAUUCACUCCAAAACUAAAUCAAGGAAGCAGCUGGGUCGGAUCAUGUUAAAAGGGGACAAUAUCACCCUUCUGCAAAGUGUUUCUAACUAGGGCUUGUUGUUGUAAAGAGCAGUGGCAACUUGGGAGUGAAUGGAGUGCAGGUGGGAGCAGGACCAGCUAGUGGAUGGGGCAGUUGUGUCUGAGCUGGGCACUGUGUGGGGGUUUUGUGCAAGUAGGGGUUCCUUUUGUAGUCUGAAACAAUGCACCACGUAUUCCACAAAUAAACCUUUUUCACAUCAACUCUAAAA